UUUCGAACAUAAAUAGAUUGUAUAGUUGGGAAGCAAUUAAAAUGCUUCUUUUUCAUUUAUGCUUUUUUUUUAAGAUUCCACUUUCUGCUUUUGCAAAUGUCGACAACAUUAUCAAUAACUCUCUAUGUUGUUCUAUUAAAAAAGGCAUAAGUAUACUUUAUGUACACACUUUCAUUUUUGCGACUUUUCAGGAUGAAGAUGGUUUAUAAAAACUAGACUUGUUUCAGAACUAAAUAUGCAGUUUUGUAGAGCGAAGCUCGCUCUAUCGAUUGACAUGUUUCACUUAGAACAAGCCUAGUUUAUAUAAACAGCUUCCACUCUCAAAAGUCUUAAACACCUUUGUUUUUGCAACUUAUGGGGGCAAAGUUUGUCUAUAUAAACUAGAUUUGCUCUAAGUGAAACAUGUCAAUUGAUAAAACGAGCUUCGCUCUAGAAAACUGCAUAUUUAGUUCUGAAACAAGUCUAGUUUAUAAAAACCAUCUUCAUUCUCAAUAGUCGCAAAAACAAAGGUGUUUACAUUAAGUAUACUUAUACCAUAUUUACAUCAGGUUGUAAUCUUCGUUCGAUAUUAGCAGUACAGCGACGUUAUAAUCAAACAUCGAUAACAACAACAGUUGAUCGACGUCGUCGUCAAUCUUGGCAAGAUUUUAAUGAAUAUCAUAGUGUACCUUAUUAUCAAUAUACUUGUGCUGUUCGAAGAGGAUUUCAUAAAAAUAUUCAAUGUAAUAUGAAUAAUGAACAUUUAAUAAGUAAACAAGAAAUUCUUUCCGAUGUUGAAGAAGAAAUAGUUGACGAAAAUCAAAUGAAAGGUUGUAGAAAAGAAACAGUUCAAGAAACAAUACAUCAUUCAUUAAUAUCACAAGAUCGUGUUCAUAUAUCGAUUAUGACACAAGCUUCUUUUCUUAUCUCACGACGGUCACGUCAGGCACUAGUUCGGAUAUGUACUGAAUCCGUUUCACCACAUACUAUUCAUCGUCGAUCGAGAUCUGCUUCUCGACCACUUGUAUCAAUACUACGUCAUAGUAGUGUACCAGCUAUACCUCGACCGACUAGAUUAGUUGAAUCAUCACAUAUUUAUAAAAGUAAAGUUGAUGGAAAAAUUUAUGAUCUUAAAGAAUUUACUAUUCCACGAUAUUAUCGAUUGUACAAUGAUGUUAGUUUUCGAGAAAUAUACAAUUUCUCACGUUUACUCGAUGCAUAUUUGCAAACAAAUCGAACAAUUACAGAAGAUUAUUCAAAGAUGAUUAAAAACUUUGCAUUAAAACAACAAUUACCAUCUCCUAUAACAAGUGUCGCAUAA